GCGUGCCCCCGUUUCACUGCUCCAACUGCCACUCGAGAGAGCAGCCAAAAACUACAACAUCCAAAAAGCUGCAGUCACAUUUCUGUGCUCACAGUCGCGUGCACCAACAUCAACACGUAGCGCGCGUUCGUCCUCCUGUUUUCUGAGUCGUGUGUUUAAAUCUCUGUAGACGUGGGACGCUCCUGGUGAUGCUCUUCAGCCCCGGCAACACAGAUACUUGUGUGUUGUUUCUGCAUAACUGAUAGAUCUACAAAGUGCAUUCUCCUUGGAUAUAUGGAAGACUGAGAGAAUGCCAGAGUCAUCAUAUGAAGACAUAAACAUUUAUGCUUACUCUACAAUGCCUCCUUCAAGGCAAUACAGCCAGUCCGCAAUGCCUCUCCUGCCUGUUAGCCCUUACAGUGGUCCUAGUGACUUCUGCACAGAGGAGAAUAUAUCAGAGUGCAUGCUAUACAUCAGUCAGGAGCUGUCAUCUCUGGGUUUACCAUCGAUUUUCUAUGACUUGAAUGGGAUUAGACAACUUGAUGUCAUGUCAACGCUAAACAGGAUGUAUGAUCUGCUUCAGCUGCAUCGGCGUGCUAUGGGAGUGGUGGAGGAGCUUGAAGUGGAGCAGCUCAAGGUCAGCAGUGACCUACACUGCCAACAGCUCACCAGCUCCAAACUCAAGGACCAGCUUGAACUGUCCAAAAAGGAAAAUGUCAGAUUGCGUGAACGAGAGCGACAGUUGGAAACAAGCAUGAAGAUGUUACAAACUUGUUUAAAAAAUGAAAAAGAGGAGGUUCAGAAGCUUCAGAACAUCAUUGCAAGCCGUGCCACGCAGUAUAACCAUGAAAUGAAGAGGAAAGAGAAGGAGUUCAGUAAGCUCAAAGAGAGCCUCAAUCGCUUGCUGACAGACAAGAAGGACAAGAAACAAGGGAUGGAGGUUCUGAAUUACCUUGGGAGGUCUGAUGGGAGGAGAAGUCAAUGGAAAACUGGAAAAACAGAUGGAAGACAUGAACGUGAAAUGUACAAGACUCUUCUGAAUGAGUUUGAUAAACACCAGAAGGAGCUGAUGUUGGAGAACGCGGAGCUGAAGAAAGUGCUCCAGCAAAUGAAGCAGGAAAUGGUGGGCAUUUUAAGUCCAAAAAGACACAGCCAAAAAGAGGAGAAAUCCACUGACUUCACAGAUCAGCAAAUACCUUCAGAUGAUGAGGAGACUUCAGAGAUGUCAUGUGAACAUGCUCGGGAAAAGCUCACUAACAGCAUUCGCCAGCAGUGGAGGAAGCUCAAAAACCAUGUAGAGAACCUAGACAAUAAAGCGUCUAUGGUGCAGCUGGGAAAGGAGGUCAGUGAGGAGAUGAUUUCUAAACAGCUCCAUCAGGAAGAAAUGGAGAGACUCAAGAUGGAGAUCCAGCAGUGCAGGGACUUCAUUCGGACGCAGCAACAGCUUUUGCAGCAACAACUCAACACUCCAUGCGAUGAGGAAACUGCAGCCGUCCUGAAUGAUUGCUACAUGUUGGAAGAGAAGGAGCGCCUGAAAGAGGAGUGGAGAACUUUUGAUGAGCAGAGGAAGAACUUUGAAAUGGAGAGGAGGAGUUUCACAGAGGCAGCCAUUAGACUGGGUCAUGAGAGGAAGAUGUUUGAGGAAGACCGUGCAACCUGGCUAAAACAUCAGUUUUUGAACAUAACAUUUACUGACCAGAUGAAAAUGAAGACACAGAACAGCCUAUCAGAAUAUUCUGUUCAAGAACAGAAACACUCAUCAGGUCCCAAAACUCCACUUUAGCAGCCUCCCCAACUGGCCAGGGAAAGAGUUUGGUGCGAUAGGACCCCACUGCAGAGCACACUUUGCACUAAAGGGGAGAGCUAAUUUAAGUGGUAUACAUCUUCCUUGCCAGUAAAGCUUAUUUUACAAUCAUGAUUAUCACAUACAGUGGUGUGGUUUACAGUGUGGGUAUUGCUUCAUCUUUAUGGCUCGUGUUGUAAUCAUUAGAAACUAUAAGGAUUACAUUUCAUAAAGAAAGUUGCAAAAAGAAUCACCUGCUGCCAAUAACUUUUUUUAUCAUUAUUAUUCUGUUUUUAUCUUUAUGAUUCUGUCAAAUACAUUUUGUUGUAGUCAUAGGACAGAAGCAGAAUGUUUAAAUGGCUCUAGAUUAGAUCACAUUCUAAGUCUAAUGCUAAAUCUCUGCAUGCAUUGCGUGAUGUAGCCUUAACCCUUUUUUGUAGUUUUACUGAUUAUGCUUAGUAUAUUGUGCAUAUGUUAAUGCAAAAUUUAAAAUAACUGUGUAAUUAUACUUCCGAAAGAGUGUGAGAGAGAUGUUUGAAGUAGUUCAAUGCCUAGUGGUUCAGUACGCAGUACUAGCCAAUAUGCUCUCUUAAUUUCUUAAUAAUUUCUUCUAUAUUUCCUGUCUUAAUACUAUAGUUUGUAACAUAUUUACAGUUUAUAGUUGUAGUAAUAGGUAGAAGGAUUUGUAGUAGUUUUUGAGCUACCCCACAUUUAAUACUUGUGAAGCUCUACUGACCUCAAAUUGUCUGCAAUUAUGCAUUUUGUCCAUUUGUUUUGCUUGUCUUGCUUCUGUAGACAUGAAGAGCCAAGCUAGUGCAGAUUUGCAGAUUUCAAAAUUCAAGUAAUUAAUUAUAUUCAGAUAAAUGUUGAAUGCAUUAGUUUUUUUUCAUCGUUUGUGCAUUCUUAUUUAUUAUUCAGAUACAGAGAGGAGAGUAAUUGCCAGAGUAGUUUAAUAGUAUCUUUAUUCAGAUGUCACAGUAUGAAUCUUGUAGUUUCUUCAAAAAUCUGAAAACUUUCCACAAACAACGCAAACUUCUCAUUUCGACACCUAGCCACUACUUUUGUAUUCUCUCUGUUAGUUCAGAAUCUACCUGUUGAAAUGCCUGUGUAUAUCCUGAACACAGCAUUACAUCACUGUUUCUACAGAGUGUCAUGGUGGUGUAGUUUUAUUUGGAAAAACGUCUUAGAGAAUAUAUAUUAUGCCAUUUGGAUCAAUGAAGUCAAUCAAAUGUCCUGGACAGGACAGUGAGCAGGUAACAUACUAUACUUUAGGCAGGUAAGCUUUGUGAAGCUAUGUUAGGCUGGCUUUACAUAGUGAAAUGUACAUGCUUGAAACUUAGCCGCAAUAGUUGCAAGCGUCUCAACUUCAUAAAACAGCCAAUCAAUAUGCCAAUAACAAUGACAUGACAAAUGACAUCAUUUGGUCAAUGGACAAGAAAUUAAAAUGGAAGAUAGUUUUUAGACAGUUGAAAAGGAGAUCUGAUUUCAGACGACUCUCAAGAGGAUUGAAUUUACUCAUUAGAGGUAAAUGUGUUGCACAAAAAUUGUAUUGCAUGCAUAGUGCAACAUGCAACUAGUUUCAUUAAAGUUUCACCUUAUAACGCCAGCCUCAGCAUUUUUUAAGCAGUGUAGGAAGACAUUGUAUCCUUAUGUUUAAAAGGUGUUUAUGUUAAUUUAAUGACAACAAGGUUGUUAUUUUUGUGCCGUCAGUCAAGGAGGGAGCAAUUUAAGUAAGUCUAUUAUGGUGUAACUGCAUAUCUCAAGGUUUUCUUCUGUUUGCUAUCUGGCUGUACUGAGUUGAAGAGUCUCUCCUCUGUCUUACUACCAAGGAAGAAAGUAAUGGCAUUAUUAAUUUUAUCGAACAAUAAAAUAGAUUGCUUGCAGAGAAAACUGUAA